GCGUCUCGGUCGUGUCCCGUCUCCACUAGCAGAAGCAGCAGCAGCCGUGGCGGCGGGACGAGGCCGGCGGCCAUGGGGAGGCGACGAGGUGCUCCGCCGCCGCCGCCGCCCCGCAGCCUGGACAAGGGCCGGCGGCUCCUCCUCCUCCUCCCCGGAUUCGGCGGCGCCGUGAGGGGGGAGAAGCGGCCGUAGCCGCCGCAACGCAUCUUCUUCUUCCUCCUCCUCCUCCUCCUCGUCUUCCCCUGGCGAAGGGCAAAGGGACCCGCCAUGGACGCGGCGUCCGCAGAGCUUCGGCCACCGGGCACGUUGGGACCGCUGGCUGCCAUCUGCCUGGUGAAUCUCUUCUUUUCUGGGAAAAUUGAAAGUGCUGUACCUUCAUUAGCUUGCAGUGGAAAACCUGAACAGCACACUGAACGACGUGGAGUCAUCUACAGCCCUUCCUGGCCAUUAAACUAUCCGCCAGAUGUCAACUGCAGCUGGUACAUCCAAGGCGAUCGGGGUGAUGUGAUUACUAUUAGUUUUAAGAACUUUGAUUUGGAGGACUCCCCAAAGUGUUCAGUAGAUUGGCUAAUGAUUGGACCAUCUUCCAAGCGGGAGGAAUACAGAGUGUGUGGCUCCUUCAUCCCUCCUUCUUUCAUCUCUGCCAGGGAUCAUGUCUGGAUAGUUUUCCACACAGAUCCCUCAAGUUCAGGUCAAGCUCAGGGAUUCCGCUUGUCUUACAUACGAGGAAAAACUGGCCUGGCUAAUUGCCAGUCGGAUGAAUUCCAUUGUGUAAACGGCAAAUGCAUCCCCAGUUCUUGGAAGUGCAAUUCGAUGGAUGAAUGUGGUGAUAAUUCAGAUGAGAAAAACUGCACCAUUCCCCCAACUGAACCCCAAUCCAGCAUCUGUCCGUUAGGAACAUUCCAGUGUAGCAUCGGCCAUUCCACCAAGUGCUUGUUAAACGAGCUAAAAUGUAAUACCAUCAAAGACUGCAGCGAUGGUUCCGACGAAGAAAACUGCCCCGAUCUUUCCUGCGGCAAAAGGCUCGGCAACUUUUACGGGUCCUUCGCUUCCCCAGAUUUGUUCCGGUCGGAUCACAGCCGGUCAGACCUCCGCUGCACCUGGUAUGUGGACACCCAAGACAACCGCCAUGUCCUCCUUCAGCUCGAUCUGCAACUGGGGUACAACGACUACGUGAAGGUGUACGAUGGGCUAGGGGAGAGGGGUGACAAACUGAUGCAGACCCUCUCGUAUCACAACAACAGGCGCUCCGUAAGCUUGGAGUCUUCCAAGGGGCAACUGACCAUAGCAUACCACGCCCGCUCAAAGAGCACCGGCCAUGGUUUCAACGCAACCUAUCAGGUGAAAGGUUACUGCCUGCCUUGGGAGCAUCCCUGUGGGAACGAUGAGGAGUGCUAUACUGACAAACAGCGCUGUGACGGCUGGUGGCAUUGCCCCAACGGCAAAGACGAAGAGAACUGCCCCGCCUGUCAGAAGAACGAAUACCCAUGCGAGGGAAACAGCGGGCUGUGCUAUUCGUUACUCGAUCGGUGCAACAACCAAAAGAACUGUCCUGAUGGUUCGGAUGAGAAGAACUGCUUCACUUGCCAGCCGGGCAACUUUCAUUGCGGCACCAACUUGUGCAUUUUCGAGACGUGGCGCUGCGACGGCCAAGAGGAUUGCCAAGACGGGAGUGACGAACACAACUGCCUGGUGAUUGUGCCCAGGAAGGUCAUCACGGCAGCUCUCAUAGGGAGCCUGGUCUGUGGGUUGCUCUUAGUGAUCGCUUUGGGAUGUGCCUUCAAGCUAUACUCCUUACGAACCAGAGAAUACAGGGCAUUUGAAACCCAGAUGACCCGUCUGGAGGCGGAGUUCGUGAGACGUGAAGCUCCACCUUCCUAUGGACAAUUGAUUGCACAGGGGCUCAUUCCGCCAGUGGAAGACUUCCCCGUUUACAAUGCAUCACAAGUCUCUGUUCUGCAGAACAUCCGAACAGCGAUGAGGAGACAGAUGAGGCGCCACUCGUCAAGGCGUAACUCCUCCCGCCGGCGCCUGGGCAGGCUUUGGAACAGAUUCUUCCACAGGCCACGAGCGAGAGGUCAGAUCCCGCUUUUAAACCCCACCCACACCUCGCAGACAGUGCUGGGCGAUGGAAUCAUCCACCACACCAAUGGAAGGACCGCACAGAGCCUGCCACCCUCUCCCGAAGGAGCUAACAAUGAAAUGGAGACCUGCAGCCCGGAUCAGGAACUCCAGGAAUCCGAAAGCAACGCUUUGCGGUCAGGGAUGGAAGCUGCCGAGCUGCCGCCCUCAGAUGCGUUGACAGACGUUUGCGCGGCUGCCUUGGUAGACUCGGAGAACGGGCAGGGCGACAAGCCUGUGGGCGCUGACACCGCCUCUAGCAGUGAGGCUAGACAAACCAGCAAAGUUGAUUCAGGAAAAACAUUUAGAGACCCCUUGUCGGAAAGGGUUACAGAAAUGCACCCGCACGGGGGGUUAGUAACCAGAAGGACAGUUGCAGAGAACCGAAGUUCAAACAGGAGUAAUCUGCUGAGCGAGGAGCCGUGUAGGCUGCCCUUUAAAAAGUGGGAGUCCAUGUACUCUGAUGGCCCGAUGAAUGUUCCCGUGCAGGCGGAGGGCCAGCACUGCUGCUGUCCACAUGCAUAUCACGAAGAACCACUGGGCAUUCACCCGGCCUGUUGCCAUUCCAUGGAAGUGCCAAUACUAGAAUCCCCUCCCCCCCUCUCAGAGAUCAGCCCCAGCGACGAUGAAUCUUUACUGGUUUGCUAACAGGACUGUGUCGGAAUCUGACAGGCUUUUGUGACCAUUUUCAGUUAUAUUGUGAUGCACACCAUUCAUAACCCAACAGAAACCGAAUCCGCCUCCUUUGCUGCCUCUUAUAGGUCAUUAAUCCCCAUGGGAGCUAAAAACGGACAGCAAGAUUUAAAUAAAAUCAGUACCUGGAGCCAAUGAGAGUGUAUUUCACAUUAUCACAUUAAAAAGAGUUUAGUUUUAAAACAUGA